UUGGGUUUGGAGGUUUGAAAUUCGCGAUGUUCUUCUCCUAGGAUACACGAACGUAAAGAAAUCAUUUCCUAGCACCCAAGAUCUCCAAAAAGUCAAGUGAAAGUUGUACGUCUCGCGUCUCGAAAGGGUCAAGGUACAUGAAGACUUCGAUUCGUGCCUUGAUCCAAUCCAAUGCUGAAAUGACGAGACUUGACGACAUGGGCUUUGCCCACCGCCAUCAUCGAACUCAAGACCACUCAGUUGCAAUGGGACCUAGUCUUAAUGCGCGGUGUUGUCGUGUAUUGUCCACGACACGUACCCCCAUCCCUCGUACAAAAGUUCUUGCACUGGUAUCUGCGUUCACCAUGAGGCCCAUGGAUGAUACAUUGGUUCGACGCUAUGACGCACAUACCCCACAUCAUCCAUGGCUUUUCUACUUUAUGAGGAGGCGGCUUUGUCAUUGCGUCGUCUACGAUGUCUUCAAAGUCUGUCAUGUCUGUGACAUCUUCGAUCGGGAGAGCGGCGGUGGCGCCUAGGCCGAGGAGCAUCGUGAUGACGAGAAGACUAGGUAGACGCAUCGUGGUUAUUGGUCCCGCACAAGGAUGAAAUGGAUUGGAAUUUUGCGAUUACGCGUUCAUUGAUG